UAUCGGUACGCGGUAGAUGUACAAGUGUUGCUUACAAGGCUAGCCUUCAAAUAGCCAUAGUCAUAGACAGCUCGGAAGCAGCAGCCUGAAGGUAUACAGGUGCUUGCAGCUGUCAUCAUGGUAAGUUUAGGAGUUGUAAGUGGACGACGAAUUUUAUUUAGCAUACUUUGUGUGACGGCGCUGUCGUGGCUUCCCGCUAACGUGGAAUCACUCAACCUGACUCUAUAUUACGAAGGGCUAUGUCCCGACUGCCACGAAUUCAUUCUUGGCCAACUCUGGCCAACGUUUGGGAAGCUCGAAGAGUACCUCGAGUUGGAUCUCCUGCCCUUCGGCAAUGCUCGCAUGAAAGUGUCUAACGGUACGAUCACCUUCUACUGCCAGCAUGGCCCAGACGAGUGCUUAGUCAACGAAGUUCACACCUGCGCCGUCAAGUACGUGCACCCGCAGAGAAAGCUCCUGGAUUUCGUCGCCUGCACGCUUCGCCAGGACGAUCCGGCCCAAGCAGGUGAGCCAUGCGCUCGGAAGGUGGGCACGGACUGGGCUGUCCUGGACCGCUGCAGUCGAGGACCCGAGGGUAUCCAGCUUCUGUACGAAAUGGGCAAGCGAACACGGGAGCACCAGCCUCCCAUACAAUAUGUGCCGUACGUGGAGAUUAACGGAUAUCACAACGAAACCAUGCAAAAUUUGGUGGAAGAAGACUUGUUUCACUUUGUGUGCAAGCUUUUGGAGCCAUCGCCACCUAAGGUGUGCACGAAUGUGGGGGUUCCUGGACGGCAUUGUGUUAUGAGCGGUGAUUCUCACUUUUUGUCCGAAAUAUCCUGAUUGAUCUGUUGCUACUCAUCAUCAUCGCUUUUGUUGCGUGUUCUUCUUGUCCAGUUUUAGUACUACUUACACGCAGUAUCUGUUGUUAGCUGCAACACAAUUCAUGUGUGAAAAGCUAAAGAUAUAAAGCCUCAUGCAUCUAUGGGUCUUA